GACAACGAGCGACGGGCGGCGGAGGACGCGGAGGAGGAAGGGGAGGCCGACCAACAAGAUGGCCCCUGCUGCAGGAGCAGCCUCAGCAGCAGCAGGUGGGGGGCUGGAGGCGGCGCUGGCGGUGGCGGCUACGGCCGUGGUCCCGCGGCCUGGGACAGAGUCAGAGUCGAUGGUGGCGGCGGCGGCGGCGGCUGCCGCGACGGUGGCGACGGCCGCAGGGACUCGGAGCUGAGAGGAGCUGCUGCUCGGACCAGCGCGGUUAUAUUUCACACUAUGUGCUGACUGUAUCUACAGAAGAUAUUUAAAAAAAAAAAAAGAUAAACUUUUUUCCAAGAAUUUGAUUCCAGUGGAAUCUUUGCUUUAGAUUUUGUGUGUGUGUGUGUGUGUGUGUGUGUGUGUGUGUGUGUGUGUAUUAGUGAAUUGUAACUCCAGAAGCAAUGCCUGUACAAGCUCCACAAUGGACGGAUUUCCUUUCCUGCCCAAUUUGCACUCAGACUUUCGACGAAACAAUUCGAAAGCCCAUCAGUUUGGGCUGUGGCCAUACUGUCUGCAAAAUGUGCCUGAAUAAACUCCACCGUAAGGCUUGCCCGUUUGACCAGACUACUAUCAAUACAGACAUUGAGCUCCUUCCUGUGAACUCAGCAUUACUACAGCUAGUGGGUGCUCAGAUCCCUGAGCAACAGCCCAUUACUUUGUGUAGUGGGGUUGAAGAUACAAAGCAUUAUGAGGAAGCCAAGAAAUGUGUAGAAGAAUUAGCCUUAUACCUGAAACCACUCAGCAGUGCUAGAGGAGUGGGUCUGAAUAGCACUACUCAGAGUGUUCUGAGUCGCCCAAUGCAGAGGAAGCUUGUGACUCUAGUCCACUGCCAGCUAGUGGAAGAAGAAGGAAGGAUCCGUGCUAUGAGGGCUGCUCGAUCUUUAGGUGAACGCACAGUUACAGAGCUCAUUCUCCAGCACCAAAAUCCUCAGCAGCUCUCCUCUAAUCUCUGGGCAGCAGUCAGAGCUAGGGGCUGCCAGUUCCUUGGACCAGCAAUGCAGGAGGAAGCACUGAAGCUUGUCUUGCUGGCCUUGGAAGAUGGUUCUGCUUUGUCACGGAAAGUGUUGGUUCUCUUUGUGGUGCAAAGACUGGAACCACGUUUUCCUCAAGCCUCUAAAACCAGCAUUGGGCAUGUUGUUCAGCUCCUUUACAGAGCCUCCUGCUUCAAGGUCACCAAACGUGAUGAAGACUCUUCUUUGAUGCAGCUGAAAGAAGAAUUUAGGACUUACGAAGCUCUGCGACGAGAACAUGACUCCCAGAUAGUGCAGAUUGCUAUGGAAGCAGGCUUAAGAAUUGCACCAGACCAGUGGUCCUCUUUGCUUUAUGGAGACCAGUCUCACAAAUCUCAUAUGCAGUCCAUUAUUGACAAGUUGCAGACCCCUGCCUCCUUUGCACAAAGUGUUCAGGAGCUAACAAUUGCUCUCCAGCGAACUGGAGACCCAGCAAACUUGAACCGACUAAGACCCCACUUGGAGCUACUAGCAAACAUUGACCCUAGUCCAGAUGCUCCUCCUCCAACAUGGGAACAGUUAGAAAAUGGCCUGGUUGCUGUACGUACAGUAGUACAUGGACUGGUCGAUUAUAUUCAGAACCACAGCAAAAAAGGAGCAGACCAACAGCAGCCUCCACAGCAUAGCAAAUACAAAACAUACAUGUGUCGAGAUAUGAAGCAGAGGGGAGGAUGCCCUCGUGGGGCCAGCUGUACCUUUGCACACUCACAAGAAGAACUGGAAAAAUUUCGUAAAAUGAACAAACGUCUGGUUCCCAGAAGACCCCUGAGUGCCUCUUUGGGUCAACUUAAUGAGGUGGGCCUGCCUUCAGCACCUAUGCUUCCUGAUGAAAGUGCAGUGGAUUUGUCGAGCAGGAAACCUCCUGCACUUCCAAAUGGAAUUGUAUCGGCAGGGAGCACAGUGACACAGCUGAUUCCACGUGGGACAGACCCCAGCUUUGAUUCUAGUCUGAAGCCAGGAAAGCUAGACCACCUGAGCAGCAGUGCUCCUGGGUCCCCUCCUGACCUGCUGGAAUCUGCUCCUAAGAGUAUUUCUGCCUUACCUGUGAAUCCACAUCCUGUACCUCCAAGGGGGCCAGCAGAUCUGCCUCCCAUGUCUGUCACCAAACCAAUUCAGAUGGUACCUCGAGGUUCUCAGUUAUAUCCAGCACAACAAGCGGAUGUUUAUUACCAGGAUCCUCGAGGAACUGCCCCAGCAUUUGAGCCACCUCCUUAUCAGCAGGGUAUGUACUAUACUCCACCACCAUGUGUGUCCCGCUUUGUCCGACCUCCACCAUCUGCUCCUGAACCUGGUCCUCCAUACUUGGAUCAUUAUCCACCCUACCUCCAAGAUCGUGUCAUAAACUCUCAGUAUGGCACACAACCACAACAGUACCCUCCUAUGUACCCAUCUCACUAUGAUGGUCGCCGUGUGUACCCUGCUCAGUCUUACGCAAGAGAGGAGAUUUUCCGGGAAAGCCCAAUACCCAUUGAGAUUCCAUCUGCAGCAGUACCAUCCUAUGUGCCCGAGUCCAGAGAACGAUACCAACAGGUAGAGGGUUACUAUCCAGUGGCCCCUCAUCCAGCUCAGAUCAGACCUUCAUACCCCAGGGAUCCUUCUUAUAAUCGACUUCCUCCCCCGCAACCCCAUCCUAGCCUGGAUGAGCUACAUCGCAGACGGAAGGAAAUAAUGGCCCAGCUCGAGGAAAGAAAGGUUAUCUCUCCACCUCCUUUUGCACCUUCACCAACAUUGCCUCCUGCAUUCCAUCAAGAAGAAUUUUUGGAUGAAGAAUUCAAGAUAGCUGGGAAAUAUAAAGCAAAUGAUUAUAGCCAAUAUUCUCCUUGGUCAUGUGAUACCAUCGGCUCCUACAUUGGAACCAAAGAUGCAAAACCCAAAGAUGUUGUGGCAGCAGGGAGUGUGGAAAUGAUGAAUGUAGAAAGUAAAGGAAUGAGAGACCAGAGAUUGGAACUCCAGAGGAGAGCAGUGGAAACUAGUGAUGAUGACCUCAUCCCGUUUGGAGACCGACCAACAGUAUCUCGGUUCGGUGCCAUCUCUCGAACAUCCAAAACACUGUAUCAGGGUGCUGGCCCAAUGCAGGCUAUAGCACCUCAGGGAGCACCCACAAAACCUAUCAGCAUUUCAGAUUACAGUUCAUAUGGAGCUCAUGGUGGCUGGGGAGAUUCUCCAUAUUCACCUCAUCCAAACAUACCUCCUCAGGGACACUUCAUUGAGAGGGAGAAAAUAUCCAUGGCAGAAGUGACCAGUCAUGGAAAAACCCUUCUGUCUGCUGAAAGAGAACAACUACGGUUAGAAUUGCAGCAACUGAACCAUCAGAUUAGCCAGCAGACCCAGCUACGUGGACUAGAGGCUGUUAAUAACCGACUGGUGGUACAGAGGGAGGUGAACACCCUGGCAGGCCAGCCACAGCCCCCUCCACUGCCUCCAAAAUGGCCUGGAAUGAUCUCAAGUGAGCAACUAAGCUUGGAACUACAUCAGGUUGAAAGGGAAAUUGGCAAGAGAACGCGGGAAUUGAGUAUGGAGAACCAGUGUCCUAUGGACAUGAAAAACAAACUGGGUACAAGUAAGCAAGCAGAAAAUGGACAGCCAGAGCCACAAAACAAAGUCCCAGCUGAAGACCUUGCAUUGACAUUCAGUGAUGUGCCGAAUGGAUCAGCUUUGACACAGGAGAAUCUCAGCCUCCUAUCAAACAAGACCAGCUCUUUGAACCUGUCAGAAGACUCUGAGGGAGGAGGAGAUAACAAAGAUUCCCAGAGAUCAGGAGUUACUUCCAGUUCUGCUCCCUAGAAUACGGGUGCCCUGCUUCUACCUUCUGCUCCUAAUCAAUUCAUAGGACAUAAGGAUAGAAGAAUGGAUAACUUCUAAACUUUUUCUCUGAGUGGUCAGCGAAAUCCAGGAAAAGCACCGGAGGCAAUGUGCACCAACACCACUACUAAACAAACCCUGCACAUAGUUCACAUUAAUGCAUUUUUUUUAAUUUAAAGAAAAAGAAAAUUAGCAGUAUCUGCAAGCAAUUCAGAUUAAAUUUGUUUUUGUUCUGUGAAUGAACUUUAUUUUAAUAACUUUGGACGCCUUGGAUCCAGGGCUUUAAAAAAAAGAAGAUAUUAUAUAUAUACUCUGUUUGAUUAAUUGUAUGAUCUUAAUGAAGUAGGUUUUUCUUGUAUUUUGGUAUUAUUACAUACCCAGUGUAAAAUUCCUUUCUCCCAGUCCUUUGCAACUCCACAACCGUGUAAACUAAAAGCACUGUUUCCAAGAAUUCUGUGAUAAUUAGAUUGGCUUAUUAGAAGCUGUGCAGCAAACUAAGGUUUUUAGAGCUAUUCUUCAGCGCCCUACAGUGCACCCACACCCACCCUGUUUCAAGAUCACUAGCUUCCUGACUUUUCUUACAACAUUAAAACUUCAUUUGGGUAGGGUAGGCUUUUAGUUUCAUCUUUUUAGAGAUUUCAACAGGCUGUUGAUUGUUAGAGCUGCACUUUCCCAUGCUAAGGAUUCCUUGCAUUCUCUCCAUAAAAUCUGAAAGCCUGUUUGGUGUUUACAUUACUUAAUUAGAUUUAAAUGAAGAUUAUCUUUGAACUCAUAACAGGACAUGGUGGCUCAUUUUGGUAAUCCCAGGACUCAAGAUGCUGAGGCAGGAGAAAAAAGAAGAAAAUAAAUGAGCUUCAACUUGUUAAUGGUGGAAACACAGUUCCUGUCCUCCUAUGUUGAGCUCAUAAUGUAAAUUGGAGCUGUGCUCAAAUGCUCAAAAAAAAUCACAACAAUAACCAUGUUCUAAAACUUGGAGAGAUGGCUCACCAGUACUGGUUGCUCUUCCAGAGGACCCAGGUUCUUCCUAGCACCCACAAGAUGGCUCACAACUGCCAGUAGUUCCAAAGGAUCUCACACCCUCUUCUGACUUUGUGGGCACCAGACACACAUGGGUGCGUGUACAUACACACACAUAAAAUACAUAAGUUUUACAUUUGAUGUGAACUUAAAUAAACGAGGACACAUUUCAAUGGAAUUUUUAUUUUUCUUUCAAAAGUAUAAAAGAUUUGGCAGAUAAAAACUGAGUCUUGAAGAUAGUUUAUGUAUUGAUUACUUGUGCUGCUCAGAAAUUACUAGCUUAACUAAAUAACUUGAAGUGGAUUUUUAGACUUUCUUUCUGACAUUAAAAAUGUUUAUGAAAACAUUAUUAAAGAGUAAGGAAGGAUUUUUACUUAGUUCUGCUGCACAUAUUCUAAUGCUACCACUGUAUGCUUAAUUCACUAAGCCCCUGUAAAAUGAGUUCAUUGGGGGACUAUUCCACAGUCACUCCAUCCCUCUGACUGCCUGACAUUCAGUUUCCCUUUCUAGAUACUACUACUAAACAAGAAAGCACUGGUUAUGUAAUAAGUUACUGCAUUGCUUUGGUUGGGUAAAAGCAAAAGUUUAUAUUUUUCUUAUUUCUUAUAUUCCUACCCGUUAACUCCUGCUGAGGUCAGAACCACCUCAGUCUGCUCUGUGUCUGUCAUGUUGUUAAUGGAAACAAUUGGGUGGGGGUGGGGUGGGAAGGGUAAAAUAGUCCUGCCAUUGCCUACCAGUAGGAAAUCCAAACAGAACACUCAUUUGAGUAGCGAUUAUUUAAUUUGCCCAGUCAAGGCACCGUGUUUAUAUACUAUUUCACAUUGAAUUUGAUUAUGCCCUACAGACCUGGCUGGUCAAGGAUUUGAUAUACACAUAUUGGCUUGGGAUUCGAGCUUUCUUUUUUAUUUAAAUAAAAAUUUAUAUAUAUUAUAUAUAUACAUAUAUACAUUGCUAUAUCUGUAUAUAUAUUGGGUAUGUUUUAAAGAUUUCUUCGCAUGAGCGCAGCUGUUGCAAUAAAAUGACCGAUUGGGAGGUAGAAGCACUGAAUGACAGUGAGGCAUUUUCAGUUGAUACAUACAUUUUUCUUUUCAUUUGAAAUAUACGUUUAUACAUCUGCUUUCUUGGCCUUUUUUUAAAGAUAAAACAUCUUUUACAUUUAUACUUUAAAUACUCAUUAUUUAUUGAGAGAAGGAAAGAAAUGUUAUGUCUGACAAGAUUUUUGUUUUUAUGCACAUCUGUAAAAUGCCACAUUAUUGGCCUCUUGCCUUUAGUAAACAGAUUUGGGCAGGACUUAUUUCCUUUGGACAUGUCCGAUAAUUCCUAAGUCUGAGAAGCAGGAGGUUUGUUUUAGAAAUUGCAAUGACUAGGGGGGAAAUCUGCAUAUUGGUUUUAUUGGAGUUAAGAAUAAAAGUAAAUUUUCCUUGUGGUGCAUAUGAAACCCCCGGAAUGCACUCUGCUGCAGUGCACUAGUAUGAAACCCCCGGAAUGCACUCUGCUGAGGUGCACUAGCAUCCCUCCAGCUGUUAUUCUCACUUAGGGAGAAAAUUAGCCUCUUAGAUGGUGGGUUGAGUUCCCCAAGCCCAGCCUCUAGCCCGUCUGGCUGGGGUGGAAAGUAGAAGAUGGUGUACCUACAAUUUCUCUGUUUUAGAAAUUGGUUAUCUUCCCUUACAAAUUCUUAGGUGUGUUUUAUGUGCUGGGGGAGUGGUUGUUUGUUUGUGCCCACUGGCAGAUGUGGCGAUUCAAUAAACCCCACAACCUCGAGGAUGUUUUUUCCCUUUAACAGAUUUUGUGUUAUGAGGCAACAAUAAACUGAAGCAUAACUUCAUGACUCUUAACUGCUGUUUUUGUCAGAAUCUGAAAAGCAUUGAUUUUUAUUUUUGUCUUUAGAGACAUUAAGAAACAACCCUCAUCAAAUAGAAAGUAAACUUUUACAGCAGCAGCCCUUUGUGAGACAGAGUUUACCAUGCAGCCCCGGCUGGUUCUGAACUCAGGAUCCUUCAGCCUCUGAGCGCUGUGAUUUCAGGCAUUUGCCACUGUGCUCAGCAAUAUGUAUGGUUUUUUCACUUAAAUGGUUUCUUCUGAGGAUGACUAUUUGCUUUUUACUGUACUUAAGACCAAGAAUCAUCUAAGAUAAACAUAGACAAUUCUGGAAGGGUUAGGAGCCUUACAUUCAUACUUGUUCAGAAACAAAAAGCCAGUGUAUUAUCAUAGUGAAUAUAUAAAAGUAUUUGGGCUCAUUCUGUUUUCAGUGAGUCUUUGGAAAAUGAUAAAAAUGAGAAUGAAAUAUCUAGACUCACUUUCCUAAUUUAUAGCCACAAGUCUAAUAGCUACCCUCUUCUGAAGGAUAACUUAUACAGUCUGAUGUGACCAAAGAGCCAUUCUUUCCUACUUAAUCUAAUUAAACAGAACUUGUCACCUAAGUUUCUAAUAGUAAUGUUCAAGUGACAAGACACUAUUAUUAAUGUUAAUUAGAAAUAUUCAACUACUCCGAAUGUGUAAGAACUCAUUUGGUACGGGAUUAAUGUGUGUUAUUCCCUUCUCUCAUUUUCCUUCCCUUCUGUUUUUUUUUUUUUUCCCAUUUAUUUAUUCUUUUGCCUAAAAGCAAGAGAUUGAUGUGAUUUUCACUUGCUACUCGGAUACAUGGUCCCAUCGGACUCCCAUGAGCUUCAUUGUGGGAGCUUGAAAUUUAGUUUCUAAGUUUCCCAUGAUUUUUUUUUCUUUUCUUCCUGACCCCUUGCCAUUCUGCAGUUUCCCCUUGACUUACCCAAUCUGUAACAGUGACAGUUUGCUGCCUCUAAACAGAGCAUUCAAAUGAAUUCGCUUAGCCAAUGACUUCUGUGAAGUUGCCUUUUCUAAUGGCGUUAUUACUCAGUGAUGCACAGAUGUGGUAUUUGCCCUACUGGCAGGCAAGCAAAGGUCUGGUAAAAAAUGAUAACCUGCUAUUUCUUUAAGGAGCGCCAAAGACUUGUGCUUUACUCUGUUUUGGUUUUAGGGGAAAUAGUAGCCAUUUUGAUUAUGAAACCUGGUAGUAUUUGUAAGUUGAUUGUACUGUGUAGAUGUCUAAAGUUAACUGUAAGGUUAGCUGGCCUUAUCAAAUGUAAAAGUAAUGAAAAUUCAUCAGUUUCUCUAAACCAGUAAAUAUCAUCCUUGACAAUAUUUGUUUAAGCAACUCACUCUCCCUUCUGGGGAUUAUCUUGAUGGAAUAGUAUCUUCUGUGUUUUUCUGUACUCUCACCUGUGCCUACAGGACAAUGUAUUUCACUAUGGUCAAGUCAUGGGGCUAGGAAUUUUUCCUGAGCUUGAGGCUUGUGAGAAAUAGUUAACUGUAGUUAAUACCUGUUCAGCUAUGUUCAGGGUCAUCUUACUUUUACUAAAUGGGAUUCAUGUGCUAUUAUUUAUAUGUACAAAUGGUGAUAAAAUGAAAUUUCACCAUAUUCUCCAUUUGGGCUUUUAAAAAUCAAGUAAAGAGUUCAGUAUGUAAAAUCUUGUGUAAAAAUCAUCUGUAAUGAUGUAUAUUUUAUUAAAAGAUAUGGCCUAAUUAGUUUUAAGGAGGAAUUAAUGACCUUGCAUAAUAACUACAGUUUAUUUACACUAUUACACCCUUACCCUAUAAAACGUUCAAGUGUGUUAAAAUCUUGUUAAUACAUGUUUAUAGUGUUGCAAAGGGAUCUCAUCUGAAAAUAGAGCUCAGAUUAAGUGACUUCACUGAGACAGUUUACUCUCCAUAGAGUUGAACACAAGUAGUCUACUACUGUUUAUCUGCACGCUUGUUUUGCAGAAACACGUCCACGUCUAUCUUGGACAGCUACAGCUUUUAUAUUUAUUUUUUCAGCUCAGCUUUUGAAAAUUAGUUGCUGAAAUGACUUGCUGGGAGUUUUGGUAAAUUUUUAGCUCUCAGUCACCUUUUCUGAGCCACUUAAGAAAAAGAGCUGGUUUUGUUUUGCUUUUUUCAAAAGGUAUAAUUUCAAAUAAAACCUUUUUGUUACUUGAAAUUUUAAGAUUCUAUUUCUGUAACUGUUAAAGGUGUUUUCAUAGGUAACCUAUUCUAAUUAAUUAGUAAUACUAGUUACAUUAAUAAAGAGGAAGCUGGCACCCCCAGGAGUAAGUAACGCCUUCUAAUGGGUAUGUUCUCUGUUGGUAGGUACCACACUGAAUAAACUGGGGGAAGAGCCCUUGAAACCCCUUUGUCCCUUAGCACUAGGAUUGCUCUCAGAGCCUCUGGGUCUCAGACACUGAAUCUCCCUGAACUUAUCCUUUAGCAAAAUAGCUUUUCUUUUCACAUUAACUCAAGGUGGAAAACUUAAACCUGAAGACAGUACUGUGUCAGAAAAAAAAUGUGUAUUUAGAAAAAUGAAACCCUGUGGAGUUUGUUAUCCUGAUGUAUGUUAUUUAGUAGAAAAGAUGACUUUAUUUUGUAUAGAAGACUCACUUUCUGGUGACUGUGUUUUGUCUUUUAAUGCUGAGUAGACAGAUCACAAGUCUUUGGCUCCCAUGUUAGAUUGUGCAGAGUCAUCUUAGAACUGGAAACUGUCAGGUGGUCCCACUCUAAUAAGGGCAUGAAAGGUCAAAAAUGAAUGCAAACAAUUCCUGGGUGGUUGAUGGUCUGGAUUUUUUAUUUGUUUUUGGUCUCCUUUAAAAAGUUAUUUCUGUAAUUUAUUAGUGUAGCCUGUCUCUGGUUGGCUGGCAUUUCAUAGUAAUAUCUAAACCACCCCAUAAAUUUUUAUUUCUCUACUUAAAAGGCCUUUAAAGCUUUUGCUUUUCAGCUCUGCAUUCCCUGAGAGAUUUCCCCCUUAUGUAUUUUGCCUAACUUUCCACUUAUCCUUUGUUUUCCCACCUUCUGGAUGUAAAAGAACUGAAAGAAAAAAUUGCCUUUCCUGGUCAUGGGCCUCAGUGUCUUCCUUUGCAAUGCAUCUGUGACUUUCCAGGAGAAAUGCAGAACGUGAGCUGAGGCUGUGAACAGACCUUUCACCCACCUAAACAUUUUCCAGUUGUGAGGUUCCUCUUCGUGUGUGGUCCUUCCUUUCUGCCCCCUGCCAACCUUCCCUGACUAUGGUCAAUUGGUCUCUUGGCUCAUACCAGUCUCCUGAGACAUUCUGCAGUCGUUAUCACCUUUUUGGGUGCAUUUUAUUUACUUUGUUCUUUUAUUUUUUUUAAAAAAAAUAACUUUAACAUUGAUUCAUAUUUGCUUGGGAUAGAGCUUGUGUAAUUUACCAAUCGUAUUGAUUGUAUGUGAUUGUGCCCUGCAGAGGUAUACUUAACAAAAGUAAUCUAAGUUAAUAAAGGAGCCCAUGAGAUUUGAGUCAGAAUAGAAGUGACUUUAUGAAAUUGCAGUUUUGGAUAAUGUGAAUUCCCUUCUCAGAAUCAGUGCUACAUAAAUACCUAUUUUUAAAGAUUUUUACAUUCCUAUAUUUUCCCAUGGCCUCAGCUCCCUAUUUUUAUGUCAUUCUAUGCCCACCUGCUCAGAUUUUUUUCAAUUGAGCAUUAAAAUAACAAUUGACUUUUAAAUUAAUGAAUUUUGGGAAAUUUUACGUUUUCCAUAUGUUUCCAAUUGAGAACAAAGGAUGGGUUGAAAUUCACUAACCCGUGACUGACUACUUAGCAUCUGGCCAACGCUGAGAUUUUAUCUGGAGGCAUUAUUUUCUGCAAGUUCUUUUUAAAUAAGUAAAAAGGACCUUGCCUGAAAUGGAACAUUCCCUUUCUUACUUAAUCUGUUUGUUAUUUCCAUUUUUAAAACAGCCUUCAAAACAAAUGAGGUGAAAGAAAAGAAAUAGGAAUGUGUUCAGAGCUACAAAACUGAUCUGAAUAAGUACAUGUUCCACUGCUGCACAUUUUUGAGAAGCUGUAGGCCUUCUUUCUCAAUCUCGCAUUAUUUGUGUGCAUGUUGUUUAUAUUAAAGAUGCCACAUUUUGUUAAAAUGCUAUUUCCUUUAUUACCUUGGGAACUGACUCAGCCUCUUGUUGCUCCUAAUUAGGGUUUAAGGCUCUUGUGAGUUGCAGAUAAAAGGAUUCAUUUUAACAAACAGAAGGAGGUGAUUCACCUUUUGGAUUGUAAAUAUAUGAAAGUGUCUACAAGGUCUUUAUCUGCUUUCUGUCAGCAUUUAUAUUAAAUGAUAAAUUAAUGAGGA